AUGGUGCUGUCCCGGAGCCCCUGCACCGAGGGCUCUCCCUCGCCCUGCGGGGUGGCCGUGCCCCAGCCCGUGGCCGAGAGCUGCAACGAGCCGUGUGUGCGGCAGUGCCCCGACUCCACGGUGGUGAUCCAGCCCCCGGCCUCAGUGGUCACCUUCCCCGGGCCCAUCCUGAGCACGUUCCCCCAGCAGAGCGUGGUGGGAUCCGCGGGAGCCCCCGAGGUUGGGGUUGGGGUUGGGUCUGGGUUCGGGGCCGGCGGCUACCGGGGCUACGGGGGCCUCUACGGCUACCGCGGCCUCUACGGCCUCGGCGACCGCUACGGCUACGGGGGCCUCUACGGCUACCGGGGCCUCUACGGCUCCGGGGACUGCUACGGCUACGGUGGCUACCGGGGCUUCUACGGCUACGGGGACUGCUACGGAUACCCCGGUGUUUACUCGGGCCGCUACGGUUACCCCUACGGCUCCCGCUACGGCCAAAGGUACGGCUACGGGGGCUGCUACAGCUGCUGAACCCGGCCGGGACGGCCCUCGGGGGAAGGUCAGCCCAAGCCUGGCACGCAGGGGUUGAUGGAGAACCUCGGCAGCAGAGGGUGUGCAGGGCCCCGGGCGCACCGCCCGCCCUCCGCGGCGGCUUCGAGAGCUCUGCGCUGCCCUCGAGGUGCUUGCGAUGAUCCCUCUUCGUUCUGCUCGGUGUCUGCUGCUGCUCCUGCCACCCAGAGUCUCCCCUUGACCUAGAACCUGCUUCUCCUCGGUGCUCCAGUCCUCGGAAACCGGCUCUGAUGUUUGCAAUGAUGUACAAAGCCUGAGCUCUGGCCGGGUGGUGGGCAGGGUGUAAAGGCCUCUUUGGGAA